UCAGAGACAUCCCAAGAAUACUGUAUCUCAUCUAAUCUUGUUACCAUGAACCGAAUUAUCAUCCUCCUCCUCUGCAGUGUCCUGCCAGCUUUGACUAAGGCUCAAGCAUCCACAUUACUUGCAUCUACCAGCUGUCGCUGCCCACAAGUUAAUAAGAGUAUCCCCACCCUAAAAUCUUUUGAGAAACUUGAUGUGAUUCUUCCCAGUGCUACAUGUCCACGCCCUGAAAUUGUAGGCACAAUGAAGGAUACUAAGGAACAAGUGUGUCUGAAUCCAGAUACCCCAACUAUGAAGGUUGUAUUGAAAGCAAUUAGAAGGACAAGGUCUUGAACAGCUCCUGUCCACAAGUGAAGACACAUUCUCUCCAUAUGAAGGGCAAAGUUUAACCAGAAUGAAGCCUUCCCAUGUAUACCGAGAAAAGUCAAGCCCCAAAUGUUUCUAGUGCCUAAUUCUUCUUAUAAAAAAAAGCAAUCAUCAAUCACAAAUAAUUGACUAGCUACCUAAAAAAAAAUAAUCUGUUUAGCAAGAGAAACUCUAGUACUAUAAUUCCUGAUGUUGUGGUUUUAAGUGAGUGAUAUUCAAGUCAUUCUCAAUAGAGGUCUACUUAAUUUGACAUUUUUUCAGAGAUUUGUUGUGCCUUCUGAAUGGUUCUAUCUAUAGUAAGAACCAUUUAUCUUGUAAUCAUCAAGUAAUAUCAUCUGCCAGUGGCAAUAAGAGAUUGCCACUGGCAGAUGAUAUUACUAGAAAAAAUGGGCCUAAGAGUAAAAAGUUUCAUCAGGUAUUUACUAUUAAAACCCAUUUCAAGAAAUUAUCUUAUUAUAUACACUUGACCAUGCUACUGUAUAAGAACAAAAAUAUUUAAUGAUUGACAAAACUAGGAUUCAAAAUAUCUGUGACCUAAUAGCCAGAGGUUCUUAACCUGGAGUACAUGCACCCAAGUGGGUACAAGUUAUUGGUCAUGGAAGUCUGGGUAAAUUCUUGAGAAAAGGAUGGGAAAGGAAUGUUGUGACACAUCUGAAAAAAAUUGAAACAAACAGUUGAAGUACUACUAAUUUCUACUGACCAAGCCCAAAAUAAAUGAAAUCUGGUUUUUCAUAUUGAAAUAGGGAAAAAAAAGUCAAAGUUAACCAGUGAAUAACAAACUGACCAGUUUAUGAAAUAACCAGAAAUCCCAAAUUUAUCCAAUCAAUGAAGUUACAAAACUUUUGUUAUGUCUUAGAGAAAUAUAUCUCCAUUCUUACAACAUGCUCACAAGGCUUCAAUUGAAUUCUCUGUGAAUUAGAAUUCUCAGUCUUAUUCUCAAUCAAAUCCAAAGUAAGAAAAAUUAACUCUUUCAAAAAUUAUACUGAGAAUGAAACCAUUGGUCAACAACAAAAAAAAAAAUUAUUACAUUUAAUUUCGUUAUGUACUGAUAAACUUUAUGAUAAUCAAAAAAGUGUUAUAUAUCAAAUAUUUUUUUCUUUAUGGAAAAUCCAUUAAUGUUAUUUCUUAUACAAAAUGUGUAGUAAACCCUAGAAUUUAUUUCCUUUUAUAUUGAAUAAGGGAUAUGGGAAGAUUUACUUAAAACUAAGGAUUAAAUAGUUUGAAACUCUUGCACUUCAUCAACCCUCUUUUCUAAGUGAUUCCUAUGUCAUCUAGAGACAUGAAGGCCUUGAGGAGAAAUUAGUCCUCUUGUCCCUACCUGCACUGUCCCCACCCCCAACCCACCCCAAACUUUUUAUAUUUUUAACCACACAAACCUGAAUGUUAAGAUUUAAAUCAGAAAAAAAAAUUUUAAAUAUAUACAUUUCAA